AUAAACGCUCCGCACGAAGAGAGGAAGAAGAUUGUCUUAAAGAAACGAGAUCAGGACUACUUUGAAGUACUUCCCGAAGGCUGGUUAGAGGUGACACACUUCAGCGGAAUGCCUAUAUAUCUCCACAAACAGACAAGAGUUUGCACCACAACUAAGCCAUACUAUUUGGGUCCCGGGUCUGCCAGAAAACACGAGAUACCCAUCUCUGCCAUCCCUUGCCUUCAAUACAAGAAAGAACUGGAAAAAGACCGGAUGGAAGAGGAGAAGAGCAAAGAAGUGACCGCUGAUGGCAAUUCUGGCGAAUGCAACGCUUUACUCGCGAAAGUGGAAACUGUGAGCGAAAACAAAAAGGAGAAGUCAUUGGAUUACAUGUCUGUCAGGAAUUAUUGUCAGAAUUUAUUUGAAUUUCAAACCAUAACUAUUCGCAAAUUCAAAACGUGGGCCGACCGUAGAAAACAUACACAACUCCGAAAAAUACAACAAAGACCUUCACUUCCCGACGGAACUAAACUUAUCACUUGUCCGCUACCGAAGGCGGCCAAUACUGGAGAGUCUACCGCUGGAAGGAGUUAUCGGAAAGAGUUUGUGAUGAAUCCGGCCGGAAAGUCGUUUGUCUGUAUUCUUCAUGAGUUUGUUCAACACGCAGAACGAGUUCAGCCGAAGUAUACAUUCCAAGAAUUGGAAAACGCGAGUCAGCCCUACAGCGCAACUGUUAUUAUCAAUGGUAUGGAAUACGGGAAGGGAUUUGGAAGCAGUAAAAAACAGGCCAAAUCUGAAGCAGCGAGAGCGAGUCUUGAGAUACUUAUUCCUGAUCUUAAAGAGAUUACUGACGGCGGGAAUCGCAAACUCGAUCCUUCGCUUCACGACUUUAGCUUUUUCAAUGACAUCCUUAUCGAAGACCCGCGAGUCAGUGAUUUAUGCGCCAAAGCGGGCCAACACUCUCCCUAUCAGAUACUAGUCGAGUGCCUUCGCAGGAAUUGGGGAAUGGGUGACACUGACAUCGAAACUGAUGUCCGUUUAGUCAAACACCAGAAGAAUGAGUUUGUGAUGAAAGUGGGGAAACACAGGGCUUCUGUCACCUGUAGGAACAAACGGGAGGGCAAACAGAGGGCCGCGCAGGCGAUCCUC